ACCAGGGGUCCUUUCGUCGUCAACAUCGGAACAACACGUGAAGAUUAGGAUGGGUCGCUCCUCCAAAGACAAGCGGGACAUUUACUAUCGUUUGGCCAAAGAGGAGGGCUGGAGAGCGAGGAGCGCCUUCAAGCUGCUGCAGCUCGAUCAAGAGUUCAACCUGUUCACAGGUGUGAACAGAGCUGUGGAUCUUUGUGCAGCUCCUGGCAGCUGGAGUCAGGUCCUCAGUCGAAAACUUAGAGGGCAGGAGGAGAAAGGUGAGAAAGGUGAGGCAGGUGAGGAGGUGAAGAUCGUGGCCGUGGACCUGCAGGCCAUGGCUCCUCUCCCAGGAGUCACUCAGAUCCAGGGAGACAUCACCAAGGUGUCUACAGCUCAGGAGAUAAUUCGCCACUUUGAGGGUCAACCAGCCGACCUCGUGGUUUGUGACGGAGCUCCAGAUGUAACCGGGCUCCAUGAUGUGGAUGAGUACAUCCAGGCUCAGCUCCUAUUGGCAGCUCUGAACAUCACCACUCAUGUCCUGAAACCUGGAGGAACAUUUGUGGCCAAGAUCUUCAGAGGUAAAGAUGUGACACUGCUGUACUCUCAGCUGAAGAUCUUCUUCAGUGGUGUGACCUGCGCCAAGCCUCGCAGCAGUAGGAACUCCAGCAUCGAGGCCUUCAUGGUCUGUCAGAAUUACUCUCCCCCUGAAGAUUAUUUCCCCAACAUGUCCAACCCUCUGCUGGAUCACUCCUAUGAUGUAGAUUUUAACCAGUUAGAGGGUCCAAACCGCGUCAUCGUUCCCUUCCUGGCGUGUGGUGACCUCAGCGCCUUCGACUCAGACAGAACCUACCCUCUGCAGCUUGAUGCUGGUAAACAGUACCAGUACACCCCCCCCACCCAGCCGCCCAUACGCCCACCCUACCAGGAGGCCUGCCACCUUCGCAAAAACAACCUGCUGUCCAGAGAGGACUCUCCAUCCGUCUGUCCCAAACAGAGUCAAGAUGAGCCGGAGCCAUUGACUGAGACCACAUGAUCCGUCUGACUGUUGCUGAUUGGUGGAAAAAGAAAAAAGUUUGGUGGAGAAUUAUCAAAAAAGAAACAUUUUUUUUCCUUCCAGAUGAUCAUUUCUGUGCAUCCAGUCCAGCAAUUUGUCCAGGGCACAUGUAGCUUACCUUAGCAGUGAGGGCCAACUCAAGCUUUCCACAUCCACAGGCCGAUAAGUGGACUAUAAACAUGGACAUGGCCCUGUUCAUACUACAAUAAGGCCGCUGGUCUACUGCAUGGCUGGUUGUAUUUCCACGAAUAUGGAACCAAGAUGUCAUGUCAGUGAUUAUUGCUGAGGUGUGCUGGACACCGUGUGUGAACAUAGCACAGGAUUUCUGGAGAUCUUUCUACUGUGUUUGAGCUCGAUGGAUAGAAAUCAUGUACAAUCAAAGCUCCUUCAAAGUCCAACAGCAACUACUUUAACCACAACGCUGUUAAAGAUGAAAUCUAAAGGUGUGGAAGGAUGAAAUUUUCCUUGCAAAUCUGUCUUCAUGCCAAAAGUUUUUUUUAAGCACCACUUGUUUUAUUGAAACGUGCAGUAGGCAUGCUUGUAGUGUGAACCGUGCACAGUGAAGUGUGGAUGCAGAAAGCAUAGAUUGGCCUUACUGGAUGCUGCUAAGCUUGGCUAAACAUGUCUAGGACCUUUUGCUGUAAUGUUUGUCCAAAUGGAGGAGUAUGUUUUAAUUGUUAUCUGGUUUUAAUUAGAGUACUUUCAGACAAAUCUUUUCAUUCAUCACUUGUGAAUUGUGACAGUUACAUAUUAUAGUUUUUUUUUUUAAAAGUCAUUUCGUAACAGUAGGCAUUGGAGCUUACAUUAUUUUUAUUUUAAGAUUGAGUCAACUCUGAAUUAUGUUUUUCUCUAAAUGUAGUUACAUUUGACAAAAUCUUUUUUGUUGUUUUUGGACCAAAAAUGUCACAGAGAAAAAGACACACUUCUAAUGUUACAACAGACCUUUCUCAUUGACUUUGCUCAACAACUUCAAAUCUAUUAGUCAACAAACUGAAAUGUCCAUAAUAAUAAAACUUUAUUGUGAUGAAAACAGA